AUGGGUCAUAACAUUUGGGGACACCUGGGAAUUGAACCCAGACCCACAAGAAGGAAGCCUCCAUCUCCACCCCGGCCCCCACCAUCACCCCCAAAGCCCCCUGCCAAGCCACGCCUUCCGCCCCGCAAGCCACGGGUUCCUCAAAAGCCACCUGCCCUGCCGCCGUCCCCACCCCGUCGCCCUCCCUCACCUCCUCGCACCCGGAACGGUGUCCGGCUGACCCGUGGGGCUGGUCGCAUCGGCCGCCUGGAGGUGUCCUUCAAGCAGGAGUACUACCCCGCCCAGUGGGGCUACACGGAGAACGGCGGCUGGGCGCCCCUGUGCGAUGAUGGCAGCGUUGGCCCCGACGAAGCCAUUUUCUUCUGCCAGCAGCUUGGAUUUAAGACGGGUCGCCAGUACUACGCAGCGGGCAUCAGCGACUUUGGAGCUGAUGAGGUUAAUACGCCAACACCUGUGGGUGGUCUGCUGUGCGACGGGUUUCCUCCGGAAAUCCCUGUCGGCAUGAUUGCUUUCCAGAACGAUGACGACCCCACCUGCUUCCUGUUCCGGUCCGACUGCAGCGAAGGGGCACUCGUUGCCCUCCAGUGCUCCAACGCCAACUUCACGACGCCGAGCCGACCACCUCCACCUCGCGCGGCUGGGCCGCCGCCGCGCGCGCCACCACCGCCUGAUAUGCCCGACGCCAUCAAAGUCUUGGACCUGGAACCGAACCUGGUAGACGCUGGCGGCAUGCGUGCCGGUAAUGGCCGUGUGGAAGUGCUGGUCAACAGUUCCGCGGGGGAGCCCGUCUGGGCGCCACUGUGCGCGACGGCGGAGGACCUGGCGCUGUACAAUCCACCAGAGUGGGGUCCCACCUAUUACCCAGAUCCGGUCGCUAACACGUCUUGCAAUCAGGAGGACCCAAGAACCAACACCUGGAAUACCGAGAUGAUUGGUUUCAUCCGCCAGCCGGUCCCAAUCCCCAACGACACCCUCCCCGUAAACUCGGAAGCCAACCUGUUCAACCCCGCCAAGUACACGCAUUGGGUCACGGUGGUGGGCGGCAAAAGCGAGAGCAAAUACGCGCUACAGGCGAUGGAUCUACAGGUCUCGACCACCCCCUGCGCCACUGGCUACAUGUACAGCCUGGCCUGCCAGUACCUUACUAUGUACGGAUGAGGCUAGGGGGACGCUGGAGUAGCGAAGGCAGGCAGGUUUCCAGGCAUGAGAGAGGAACAUGCAUGGGAGGGUGGGAGGGGUGCGAAGAUCUGAAGCCGUGGUGCAGCUCCGCAUGGCAUGGCUGGUUGGCUUCCUGCGCUAUGCAGACAGAUGCAUAUUUCGGCGUGGCGUGUUAUCCGUGUAGCUCGGGUGUACAGCUGGGUUUGACUCCAAGUGUGUCCCCCGAAAGUGCAGUUGGGCCCCCCAACUGGUUCUUCGCUCAGAGCCGCUUCGCACCUUAUUACAUGCAGCCUACGGGAGACGUUGCUUCUUCACCCUUGACUGUCAGGUUAGAAUGGUGCGCAUGUGACUGCGCGGCGGAGAUGCUUGUAUGUCGGGGUGGUGCGCGGUCCUGAUUUGCACGGAGUAAGGACAGCCAGAUGAUGUUGGGUUGCCGGUGGUGGGCGUGGCUUCUAUUCUGGUGCAUUGGCAGAAGAAGAAAAGUGCGUAAUGGAGCGGGGGCAGUGGUUGCAGGGCUUGCAUGAUACAUGCGUCUUGCUUUCUUUUUUAGUUGCGUGCGAUGUGUGAUCUGUUUCUUUCUUUCUGUUCGGCGUGGAUGCGGGGCCCGGGCGGGCUGUCUCCACCGCCAGGAGUUGGCUGCCGGCGGGCGGGGCAGGUCCCUUGGCUGUCUAUCUUGGUGGUCUAUCUGCCCCGACGCCUGAAUUAAGUUCAACCAACUUCAUCAUGACCCGUGCAUAUGUAGUGCUAAAUUGGCUAUUUUAGAGGAAAGCGUCGAUUAGCACACCAUUUGCGUGUAAAUUGCUAUUGCUUAAUUUAUCACCACAAGCGGCUAGAAUACGCUUUGGUGCUUUCGCAACAUCCAAAGUUCCUUUUAGCAUGGCUGACCGCGCGAUAGCAGACCUCGCGCAGGCGACAAAAGGCUGGUUUGGGGUAAUGCUUUACAUCUCAGCAUUACCAACAUGUGUCCGAAAUUUUCUUGUAAUUUCUUGUAAUUUCUUGUAAUUUUCUUGUAAUUUUUAAUACUGAAGUGUACACAGUGCUGAAGAAUGCUAGUUGAUUUGCUUUGCUUGAAUAUAAUUGAUAUGGGUCCCUUGUUCGGCCUAGGUGCGUUAUGUAAUGUUUUCGCCUGUUUUUAGUUUGACAUAGAUGUGCUGCACCACUUCGUGCGUGAGCGUGCUGCGCGAGGCGAAGUUAUAUUCAAUUACGUCAAGUCGGUAGAUAUGGUGGCGGAUUUCCUAACGAAGCCGUUGCCUUUGCCUCCGUUUGAGAAGUGCGCACGUGCGAUGGGACUGCGAUAGAGUGGUGCUUGUUUUUCGUGGAACUGUACUUUGGUUCUUUUAAGUGACGGCGGGAAGACACAAAUAUAGGCAGGCGGCUGGCAGAGGUGCCGAACGAAUACAUUCUGAAGUCGGAUGGGGUGGCGGAUUAGGGUGCUCCUCUAGCAGGGAAGAGCAGAGACUGCCCGGGAAAGGGGCCGCUGGCGAAGUUAACCACCCUGUAACAACAUACAAUCUUUAGUUGCUUGUAACAUAACGUGCAG